AUGCCUCCGACAUUUUGCCCAUACUGCUGUAACUGUCUCACGAUCCAGAGAUCCGAAGGAGAUGCGCAAAACCCGCAAGGUCUGAAUGCUUUCACCUGUCGGACUUGCCCUUAUCAGUUCAAACUGGAUAAACCAUAUUAUGAACGCACAUAUAUGAAGAAGAAACAUCAAGACGACAUUAUGGGUGAAGAGCAAUCAGAUUUACCGAUCAACGAGGUUCCGGGAGGCUGUAUGAACGAGGAGUGUAAUUCGAAGCAGGCAUACUUCUAUCAACUCCAGACGAGAAGUGCGGACGAGCCUCCUACAUCGUUCUUCAAGUGUGUCAAAUGCGGCAAGCAAUGGAGAGAAUACUGA